AUGAAGUCACCAGUUUAUAUCUUGGCUGUCCUUCUUCCUCUUGCCACGGAGCUAGCUCUAGCAACCCCGGUUGCGGAACCGGACUUCGAUGCUCUUGAAGAGCGAGGCAGAGGAAACGAAAAAGACUGGCAAGACUGGGGAGACCACCGUGGAUGGGAUGACAAGAAUCCCUGUGAGGUCAAGCGAACUUAUCCUUACUACAAGUACCCUUGUGCAUCGAGCCCGUCGAACGGAACAUCUCUUUUGGGUGCCACCUUCAAAUCUUUCUGCAUGUACCAGAACGGAGAUUCUGGUGUUUGGUACGCCGCUCCAAAGGGGUGGGUCAAGGAUCAAGAUAAGCCUCGACGCUGCCCUGGUGCAACCAACCGGUGUCCUGUUUAG